AUGAUAGUCUCAAGAGAUGAGGAAGAGAUACAAGAUCUAAACUACUUGACCAAGUUCAUAACAUCGGAGCUCAAUGAGGGAGUGGACAAAGAAGAGGCUUUAGAUUUUUGGAAUGUAUUCGAACCCAACAAAAUUGGACUUAUAAGGAAGUUAAGCCCAACCACCCCGGAGGCUAAAUUGGUCCGGCCCACCACCUACACUCAAACAAAUAAAGUACAAUCUCGACCAUUUCAUUGCCGCUCAGACUCAAAUUCAAAUCCGGACCACGACGACCACCGCUACCGCCGCCGCUGA